GAUCAGAUUUUUUCUAUGGGGAAUGCUCUGAGAUUUUUGUAUAGCCGUUGCUGCAAGCCCACCACAGCUGGAGGCUCCCACGGUGUCCCAACCUCCGACGACGGUGUUUCAGCUCUCUCCCAUGAUCUAUUCCAAUUCGAUACCACCUCUCAGGUUCCUGAAGGGCUAAGUAAUCAUGUGGUUUCGUCCAAGAAAGCUCAGGCCAACUGGUAUAGAAAGCUAUUAGAUGCUUGGAGAGAAGCCAAACCGCCGCCGAAAACGCCGGAGGAAGCUUCAAGGUUUGUCGUUCAGACGUUGAAGAGACACCAAAAGGCAGAUGUUGAGGGAUUGUUGGCAUACUAUGGACUUCCUCAGCAGCCUUCUGCUAGCGGCCCAACAUCAUCGUCUCAAGCAGUCAAGUUCGAAUUGCAGACUUUACCGGUGGAUCUGAAAGCAGUACCAGAUGGAGAUACCAUAACAGUUUAUGUAAGUACUACAGAUCCUAGAGAGUCAGCUAACUUACCUCGAGAAGUCCGAUUGGCUGCCGAUCAAAGAUCGAAAGCGUGUGCUGCCAAGAACCAUACAAAAGCCAAUGAACUUCACAAGAAAAUUACUAAUUCGGGAUACAGGUUCAACAAUUUAAAUCAUUCGAGUUUCCUAUAUUAUCUCUUAAAACUGAUGGUUACUAAUACAGUUUAUCUUCUUAACAAUUACAGAUUCUUAAAUCUUCAGAAUCAGGAGAUCCUCGCUAGAAAGUAUCGGAUCCGGUUAAGGGGUAUCGAUGCGCCGGAGAGUUCGAUGCCAUACGGCAAAGAAGCAAAAGCAGAGCUGGUGAAGCUUAUUCAAGGGAAAUGUUUAAGGGUUGUUGUCUACGACGAAGAUCGAUAUGGCCGAUGUGUUGGUGAUAUAUACUGCAAUGGCAAAUUUGUUCAGGAAGUACUGCUGAAAAAGGGGCUUGCAUGGCAUUACUCGGCUUACGACAACCGUGUAGAGCUCGAAACUUGGGAACAAGAGGCUCGAGCAAAAAGAGUCGGUUUAUGGGCUUCAACAAAUCCUGAGAAGCCAUGGGAAUGGAGAAAGAACAAAAGACAAGGCAACUGACGCUGUUCCAGAUAGAAGUGACCAUCUAAACCAGCAUAAAGAAACAAAGGAUUGCCCUAAUUAAGUUGUUGUGAAUUGUAAUAACUGUUCAAAUGAUAUACAGAGUGUUCUAAUUUAUUA